GUGACCCUAACUCGUUGAUUCUUCUCAACUAACCACAAAGACAUCGGCACCCUGUAUCUACUAUUUGGUGCAUGAGCUGGCAUAGCGGGUACUGCCCUAAGCCUUUUAAUCCGCGCUGAACUUAGCCAGCCCGGCGCAUUAAUAGGAGACGAUCAGAUCUACAACGUUGUAGUAACAGCCCAUGCUUUUGUUAUAAUUUUCUUCAUAGUAAUACCAGUUAUAAUCGGCGGCUUCGGAAAUUGACUUGUACCCCUAAUACUAGGCGCCCCAGACAUAGCAUUCCCACGAAUGAACAACAUAAGCUUUUGACUCCUCCCCCCCUCCCUUCUCCUCCUAUUAGCCUCUGCAGGGGUAGAGGCCGGAGCGGGCACUGGCUGAACAGUAUACCCGCCCCUUGCCGCUAAUUUAGCACACGCAGGCCCAUCCGUAGACCUCGUCAUCUUCUCCCUGCACCUUGCCGGUGCCUCAUCAAUUCUAGGGGCUAUUAACUUUAUUACCACAUGCAUUAACAUAAAACCCCCAUCACUCUCACAAUACAACACCUCUUUAUUCGUAUGGUCCGUCUUGAUCACUGCAGUACUCCUGCUACUAGCCCUCCCCGUACUUGCAGCCGGAAUCACAAUACUCCUAACAGACCGAAAUCUGAAUACCACCUUCUUUGACCCUGCGGGAGGAGGGGACCCAGUAUUAUAUCAACACCUAUUUUGAUUUUUUGGCCACCCAGAAGUAUAUAUUCUUAUUCUUCCUGGCUUCGGCAUAGUAUCACAUAUUAUUACUUACUAUGCAGGAAAAAAAGAACCCUUUGGCUACAUAGGAAUAGUGUGAGCGAUAGUAUCAAUCGGUUUCUUGGGUUUUAUUGUUUGAGCUCACCACAUGUUCACCGUCGGUAUAGACGUAGACACACGCGCGUACUUUACAUCAGCCACAAUAAUUAUUGCUAUUCCAACCGGUGUAAAAGUAUUUAGUUGACUUGCAACCUUGCACGGAGGAAUAAUCAAAUGAGAAGCCCCCCUUCUAUGAGCAAUAGGCUUUAUCUUUUUAUUCACCGUUGGAGGCCUAACCGGCGUAAUCCUUGCUAACUCCUCAUUAGAUAUUGUCCUACAUGACACCUAUUAUGUAGUUGCCCACUUCCACUACGUAUUAUCAAUAGGGGCUGUAUUUGCAAUCAUAGGAGGAUUCGUCCACUGAUUCCCACUAUUCACAGGAUAUACCUUACACCCAACAUGAACAAAAGCCCACUUUGGAUUAAUGUUUAUUGGAGUCAACUUAACCUUUUUCCCACAACACUUCCUAGGACUAGCAGGCAUGCCGCGGCGAUAUUCAGAUUACCCUGAUGCCUAUGCUCUAUGAAACACUAUCUCAUCAAUCGGCUCCCUAAUCUCUAUAGCUGGGGCCAUUGUCAUAACAUUCAUUAUCUGAGAAGCCUUUGCCACCAAACGCACCCCAUCAAUAACAAGCCCUAUACACACUAACUCAGAGUGACUUCACGGCUGCCCACCUCCAUACCACACCCACGAAGAACCCAUGCUCAUCUAUACCCCCAACAAGAGA